AUGGCCGCCAACAUCUCGCUGCCCCAGGUCCGGCAGCUGUGCCCAGAAGAGCCACGGGGCAAAGGUCUCUGGCAGGAGCAGGGUGAGAGGGCAGAGCAGGUGCCCAGGAGCAUCUCCAGCGACGCGGCCGCAGUUUCAGGCAACUCAGCCCCCUACUUCAACAUGACCUUAGUCUACGUGCCUGAGGACCUGGAGUUGGGUGAGGAAGCUUUCCAGCUGACAGCUAUUGACGUAGACGGGGACCCGCUCACCUACAGCAUCAGCGGGUCAGAUGCCUACUACUUCUCUGUCGAUGGCAAGACAGGCAAAGUGACGCUGAAGAACUCCCUGGACCGUGAGUUCUUGCCCAGGCUUACCAUCACCAUCGAGGUGUCUGACGGGAUAAACCAAGCAGGAGCCCCGGGAGGGUGGGGGGGCUGCAUCCUCAUCCCUGCGUGGCCCAUGGCACUGGGCAGCCCCUGGAGCCCUGCGGGGCCGGAGUACCCCGAAGCAGGGCUGGAGGGCACCAAGCCUGGCACCACCACCCCUGCUCUCCUGGAUGAUGCCACCACCACCCCUCUGUGUGCCCAGAACAUGGAAAUCAACAGCGUCAUCUACACCGUAUUUGCCAACGACAGCGACACCGGGAGUGCCUCCAAAGUCAGCUACAGCAUCGAGGAGGUGAUCCCAGACAGCACGAAGAAUCUCUGGCUUUUCUACAUCCUGGCCAAUGGGAACGUGGUGCUCAAUGGCUCACUGGACUAUACCACAAACACCUUCUACCAGCUGAAGAUCCUCGCCAAGGAUGGUGGGGGGAUGCUGCACAACGUGUUGACCUUCCAGCAGAGCUCGACUUACCUGUCUCUGACUAUCCGCGACCUGCCCAACCUGGACCCACGGUUCCUCAACGAGCCUUACUCCGGCUCCGUGCCCGAGAACUGUGCCCUGGGCACCACUGUGCUGACUGUCACCGCCAUGGACAGAGACACGGGGGUGAAUGAUGAAAUCUUCUACAACAUCACCACUGCCAGCAUCCCCUUUGCUAUCGAUGCCACAACGGGCACUAUCACGGUGAGUGGGCCCCUGGACCGUGAGCAGCUGCCAAGUGAGGAAGUGCUGCUGGAAGUCACGGCGCGUGAGAAGGAGCUGAACAUCUACAAUGAGGUGGCACAGGUCAGCACCCUGGUGACAGUUGUGGUGACCGACAUCAAUGACAACAAGCCCGAGUUCUACAACUGCUCCCUUGCCAGCUGCAACUUCUCCACCAGUGCCCAGAACAACUUCAGGGGCAACAUCAUAGAGCACUCCUCCUCCAGACUACCCGUGUCCGACCUCAGCAUCGUCACCUACGACCCGGACAAGGGCACCAACAGCAGCUAUGAGCUGUACCUCCAGGGUCCGGAUGCCAGUGCCUUCACCGUCUCCCCCACAAAAAUCGUGGGCACAGGGGAGGUCCAGCUCCUGGUGCAAGACCCACUCUCUGUGGACUACGAGAAAAGCCAUGUCAUGGUGGUACAGAUCAUUGCUAAUGACACGGGGAACCCCACAGACUGCUGCUCCACGGCCACCGUGACCAUUGAUCUCAUUGACAGCAAUGACCACAUCCCCGAGUUCCCCCAGAGCACCUACAACCUCAGCGUGAUGGAGAACAGCCCUGAUGGCACCAUCAUCGCCACAAACAUCACGGCCUACGAUCCGGACAGCGGUGUCCUGGGCGAGAUCACCUACCAGCUGCUCCCAGAGAGCAUCCGUAAAACCUUCGCGGUGAAUGCCACAACCGGGGCAGUGCUGGUGCAGGACGGGAGCUUGCUGGACCGGGAGACUCGCUCCAUCUACUACGCCAACCUCCAAGCCAAGGAUGGAGGCAACCUGGUGAGCACCACUGUGCUGGAGAUCACCUUGCUGGAUGACAACGACAUGACGCCCAUUGUCACUGGCUCCUACUUCAUCUCGGUGCAAGAGGGCCAGAACGUUACAACGCAGAUCCAGGCCAUCGACAACGAUGAGCCUGGCAACCCCAACAGCGAGCUGGGCUUCAAGAUCUUGCCAGGAUCAUUCAGCAACAACUUCACCAUCGACGUGACCACAGGUGAGAUGCACAGCAAGGAGCCGCUGGACCGUGAGGCCUUGGAAGAUGAGCGGGGGCAGAUGGUGGUGACAGUGGAGGUGUACGACCACGGUGUGCCACAGCUCAGCACUUCGGUGAACGUCACCAUCACUGUGGGGGACAUGAAUGACAACACACCCAUGUUCCUCAACCAGUCCUAUGAGUUCUCAGUCUUUGAAGACUCUCCAGGGUCCUUCGUGGGUGACGUGGAAGCCACAGAUGCCGACCGGACGGAGAUCAAUUCCCGCAUUUCCUUCACACUUCAAAGGGGCAGCGGCUCCAGCAACUUCUUGAUCCGCUCAUCCCAGCUGGGGUCAGGGUACUAUAGUGGGCAGCUGUCCGUGGACCCUGACAUAUCCCUGGAUUACGACACCCUGCAAGAAAAGUUCUUCUCCUUGGUGGUGCUGGCGGAGAACACAGCUGCAGAAAACGUGGGGGACAUCGCAAACGUCUCAGUGGUGGUCCACAUCCUAGACGUCAACGAUGAGCCCCCCACCAUCCUGCCGUCCUCGCUGCAGGACGUGCCUGUGAGCGAGAACGGCACACAGCACGGUGUGGUCCACACAGUGGUUGCUUCCGACGCAGACACCAACCACUCGCUGGUCUUCGAGGAGCUGGCGGUUGCCUGCUUCAAGGACACGAGCAGCGCUGGGGAGGUGUGCUGGGACUGGUUCGUUCUGGCACCCAACGGCUCGGUGCUGGUGACCAGCUCGGACAUUGACUACGAGCUGUGUGACACUGUGGUGCUCACGCUGCGGGCAGAAGACCUGUACACCGAGAAGGGCAGCCGCUACAGCCAGAACGGCCCCCCUCCUUCCACCACCACUGGGCAUGAAACCCUGAGGAUCCUCAUCACCGAUGUGAAUGACAACGCGCCGGUCUUCCUGCCCAUCUCGGAGACCUUUGGUGAGCAGCCGGGGCUGGCGUGUCCUGUGGGCUCCUCUCUGCACCCGCCCAUGCUCUGCCACGCUGCCCGGCGUGGUUGUCCCCGAAAUCUCUGCUGUGGACCUGCAAGUGGCUACCGUGAGGGUGAGGAGCUGGGGGUGGCCAGCAGCCUCGACAGCUCGCUGAAGGGGCAGUACCAGGUGACAGUGGAGGCUCAGGACAGCGAGGCACCCGUGCAUACGGCACAGACCACGCUGAACAUCUUUGCGGUGGAUCAGAGCUACCGCAUUCGCCUCCAGUUCGUGACAACAGUGGAGGAAGUCCGGAGUAACUCCGAAAAGAUCAAAGCGCUCAUACAGUCCAACCCGCUGAUCCUGGCUGAGCUGGUGAACCUGGGCCUGGCCAUCAUCGGCCCCGGGGUGGUGGCAACCACCAGCAGGGACACAGAGCUGAUUGGCAUCAUCGCAGGGCUGGCGGCGUUCCUGGUCAUCUUCAUCCUCAUCAUGACCCUGGUCUUGGUUCUCACCACCAGGAGGGUGGCCAGCAGCCUCGACAGCUCGCUGAAGGGGCAGUACCAGGUGACAGUGGAGGCUCAGGACAGCGAGGCACCCGUGCAUACGGCACAGACCACGCUGAACAUCUUUGCGGUGGAUCAGAGCUACCGCAUUCGCCUCCAGUUCGUGACAACAGUGGAGGAAGUCCGGAGUAACUCCGAAAAGAUCAAAGCGGCCCUGACCACCGUGACCAAGGCAGGGGUCUACGUGGUGGCCAUCCAGGAAACGGAGGACACCCGUACCUCCCAGGUGGAAGUCAAGUCAGUGAUGGAGGUGUACUUCGUCUACAGCAACGGCACUGCCCUGGACGUCAACCAGCUGAGCAUGGCCAACCCCAUCCUGAAUGUCUCGCUCGAUCCCUCCCACGACCUGGGCUUCCACGAUGACUCCAGCUCUGUGGCCAGCAUGAAUUCUCUGGAUGAGAACACAGUAAAUGCACCUGGAGAUGACAGCCUCAAGGCCAAGCAGGGCAAAGCGCAGCUGAUGGACACCACCGAUGAGGAGGCGCUGGUGGCAGCCCUGAACCUGAAGAUGCCCACCAAAACAGUGCACAUCAACACCACCUUCACCACCACGGACUUGUGA